AGGACAAACUUUUCUUUCCCAAGCGGCCCGCACUGACUGUGGAUCGCGGUCCAUCGCGCGAUCCCUCGUGGCAAACCAUGAGUGCCGUCGAAAAAACACCUCAAGAACAGGCCUUUCUUCUUACCGCUCUGAAAAACAACGUCAACCUCCGGGCUUUGCACGACGUCAGCAACCAGGUGAUGCACAGUAUCGCAGCCGGAGCAGUUCCUAUGAUCGUGCCCAAGGGCUCAGUGGUGGCCCAAAGUGGCGACGUGGGACAGGAGUUCUUCGUGAUCAAACGGGGGACCUUCCACGCCUUCGCUGACUGCGGGCGCGACGAGAGCCGCUCCCCGAAGUCGGCCGAAGCCACUGUGGCGCAGCUCACGAUCUCGGAGAGACUGAAGCGAAAGCAAAACUUUUUGAAAAGUUUGAGUUGCCGAAAAGGCCAUCAGCCGAACUCAAGGUUGCAUUCACAGUCUGUACGCUUAGCAUCCGCACCUAAAGGUCCUAAGGCAAUGUCUGAGUGGGCGGAUGACUUCAACCCCUUCAAGGGGCCAGGAUGGGUGUCGCCGCGCAGUGAAGACUGGAGGUGUUUGCCAACCAGGACGCCUUGCAGCACGGUGGCAUCCAAAGCAGACUUCAUGCAGAUGGCCAGCUUUCAGGUGGGAGAUCGAGUGAGGAUGCAGCCCGAAAAGGGCGAGAAGGACGAAAACAUUGGAAUCGUCACGGAAUGUGGCCGCGAUUGCGCGGGCCGCUACUACGUCAAGGUGGCCUUUUUGGAUCAACCUAGCGAAUGGCUGGUGGACCCUGAGAUGUUGACCCUGGCCGAAGAUCCAGACUUGGUGGCCGAACUUGGCAGUGGCGAUAGCUUCGGAGAACUGUCCUUGAUCUACAACACCUUCCGGGAGGCCACGUUCAGAGCCAUGGAAGACUCUGAGGUCUAUGUGAUCUCCAGAAGGCACUUCAAGGCACACUUUAACCGGAAGGGCCAUCACUUCAAGGACUACUGCACUUUGCUGGACGAGGUGCCAGUUCUGUGGCCCUUGCUGCAAGCAGAACGAUGGGAAUUGGCCUGCAAUGCCUUGGGUCUUUUCACCUUCAGGCCCGGGGAGCGGAUCAUCACUCAGGGAAUUCAGCGCAAGGCUGCCCUUUGGUACAUCAUCUUCUCUGGCAGUUGUGUGGUUUCGGUGGAGCAAAAAGGAGCAGAUGGCAAGGACACGGUCCAACAACUUUCGCAGCUCCGUCGACCGGGCCAUUUUGGUGAACGCUCCCUGCUACGAGGAGGGGACUGUGUGGUGCCUGAGGUUAGCGUGUAUGCUGGCUCUGAGGGUAUGGUUUGCUUGGCCUUCGAGGGUCAGGCGAUCCGUGUGCUCUUGGAGACCCUCAUCCACGAUGGGGCGUUCGGAGACGGUGCAGAGGCGCUGCUCCCAAACGUGCAGAACCUCUCCAGUACGGAGUACGAGGUCGCCAAAGCGGUUCGGCGAGGCCGCACGCUGUCCGCCGUGGAGGAUGUCCCACGUUCUCACCUUCAGAAGGUGUGCUUGCUGGGCAGUGGCGGCUUUGCCAAGGUCUUCCUCAUGGAGGACCGGGAAACAACGAAGAGGUAUGCCCUGAAAUGCAUUUCCAAGGUCGAUAGCCCUUUCGUGAUUCGUUUGGUGAGUUCCUACAAGGACGGGACCAUUGGUCCGGGACCAUUGGACCAUCUGAUUUUUUGCCUCGAUGUCACAGGGAUGGGGCGAUGGAAGAGGAAAAUCACGCGCCUUGCAAAGGCCAACAUCAGCUCUAGGAUUUUCCAGCAUCAGUUUGGAAAGUUUGGAAGGAUGAUUCACCGAGUCAGUGCCAGGCGUAUCGUUUACCGCGAUCUGAAACCGGAAAAUGUGAGCAGCUCAGAUGACGAACAUGAUGAAACCGAUGGAUGA